UGAGUGGUAGUGUAGAAGAGAGGCCAAGAUUGGUCAUCCAACUUCUGAACCUCCAUCACCAAAUGACUAAACGAACCCCAACAUCUUCUCUCCACACCCAUCUCUGCUUCCUUCUCUUCCUCCCCCUCCUCCUCAUCAGCCAUGCCAACUCUCAGUCAUUGCAAGACCAGGAACAAGCUGUUCUGCUAAAACUAAAGUCAUACUUGCAAUCUCCACCGUUCCUCAGCCAUUGGAUUCCAUCAACAUCAAACACUUCCCACUGUUCCUGGCGGCCUGAGAUCACCUGCACAAACAACUCCGUCACCGGAUCAAUACCAGAAGAUUAUGGAAACCUCACCAAGUUAACAGAGUUAGCUUUGUUUUUAAAUGGUUUUUCUGGUGCGGUUCCAGCAAGCAUUGGCCGUCUACCAAAUCUCAAACAGUUCAGAGUGUUCAUCAAUAAUUUGUCUGGAACAUUGCCUCCAGACUUUGUAAGGUAUUCAGAGCUUGAAGGGUUCCAGGUUUCGGGGAAUAGGCUCACUGGCAAACUGCCAGACCAUUUGUGCAAUUGGGGUAAGCUGUCAACACUUGUAGCUUAUGAGAACAAUCUCACUGGGGAGUUACCAAGCUCUCUUGGAAAUUGCACUAGUUUAACAGAAGUGAAGGUUUAUGAUAAUGGAUUGUCUGGGAACAUUCCUAGUGGCAUGUGGACAGCACCAAACUUGGGUAAGGUGCUGAUGAGCAACAACUCUCUUACCUGUGAGCUUCCUGAGAAAAUAUCUCGGAGUCUUACACGGCUGGAAAUCAGAGGUAACAGAUUUUCAGGUAACAUUCCAACCGGGGUGUCAUCCUGGAAUUUGGAGGUUUUUGACGCCGGUAAUAACCUUUUUAACGGUACUAUCCCUCAGGAACUUACUGCUCUUCCUGGCUUAAUGUUUCUUUCUCUUGAUCAGAAUCAGCUUACUGGCUUCCUUCCAUCAGAGAUUAUAUCAUGGAAAUCACUCAACACUCUUAAUUUCAGUCGAAAUCAACUCUCUGGACCAAUUCCAGCGGGACUUAGUCUUCUACCAGUCCUUACUGCACUGGACCUUUCAGAAAACCAACUUUCUGGCAAAAUUCCAGCUCAACUUGGGCAUCUGAAGCUCAACAGCUUCAAUCUCUCUUCCAAUCACCUAUCUGGGAAGAUCCCAAUUGAAUUUGAAAAUCCUGCUUAUGACGUAAGCUUCUUGGACAAUCAUGGUCUCUGUGCAAUUAGCCCCUCAGCAAAACUCAGCAUAUGUAAUUCUCAACCUCGAAAGUCCAGAAAAAUUUCGUCCGCAUAUCUUGCAUUGAUCUUAACUUUCGGCAUACUUUUGUCCUUGUUGGCUUUGUCCUUAUCAUUCUUCAUGGUCAGGAAGAGAAAGAGAUCGGAUUCUGAUUGGAAGCUCACCGCAUUUCAGAGGUUGAAUUUCAGAGUGUCAAAAAUUCUCUCAGGAUUGACAGAAAGUAAUAUGAUUGGAAGUGGCGGAUCAGGAAAAGUUUAUCGUGUUCCUGUCAAUUGUACAGGCGAUGUUGUUGCCGUGAAAAAGAUUUGGAAAGAGAAGUUAGAAGAGAAGCUUGAAAAAGAAUUUCUUGCAGAAGUCAAGAUAUUGAGUUCCAUUCGACAUGCCAACAUAGUGAAGCUGAUGUGCUGUAUAUCCAAGGACAAUUCAAAACUACUUGUCUAUGAGUACUCGGAGAAUCGAAGCCUGGAUCAGUGGCUGCACAAGAGAAAAAGGCCAUCCAAUCUCUCAAGGUCAGUCCACCAUGUUGUGCUGGACUGGCCUAAGAGGUUGCAUAUUGCAGUGGGGGCUGCUCAGGGCCUCUGCUAUAUGCAUCAUGACUGUGUGCCACCCGUUGUGCAUCGAGAUGUGAAAUCGAGUAACAUCUUGUUAGACUCUGAUUUUAAUGCAAAAAUAGCAGAUUUUGGUCUAGCCAAGAUGUUGGUCAAGCAAGGAGAACUUGCUACAAUUGUUGCUGGCUCCAUUGGCUACAUUGCUCCAGGUAAUUUUGGGGUCGUCCUUCUGGAGUUGACCACCGGAAGGGAAGCUAAUGAUGGUGACGAACACACUGCUCUUGCCGAAUGGGCAUGGCGCCAUGUUCAAGAAGACAACCCUCUUGCCGAUGCUUUGGACAAGGACAUCAAAGAAACUUGGUACUUGGAUGAAAUGUGCUCCGUUUUCAGACUUGGCAUCUAUUGCACCGAGAAACUUCCUUCUGCUAGGCCUUCCAUGAAGGAGGUUCUGCAAAUCUUGCUCCGAUGCGGCCAUCCAGGAGUUCACAGAGAAAAGACUGAUUAUGUUGGUGCUCCUCUGCUCAAGAAUUCGAAGCGCGAGCAGAUACUGGAAGACGGUGAUGGUAGAUUGGCAACAAAUGUUUGAUAGGCUUGGUUGAGUUCAACAAGAGGAA